GUCAAUCCAACGGCUGUCAUUGACAACCAACUAGCCGUUGGCUUCAAAAAGUAGGGUAAGUACGGACAUAAAUCCGCCCGUCGCGUCUCAAUUUCGCUCAUACAGUUCAUAUCUCUCUCCUUUUAUACACAGGCCUAUAGAUACAGAUUAGAUACAACCCAUCAAGGCAGAGAGAGAUAAUCAAGAUGGCUGGAUCCGAUGAGAACUUUGUUGGUGGAGUCAGGCCUUCGAAUCCUCAAGGGAGUUUGAUGGCUGGAACUGGGAAGAUUACUGCUGGGAUCGGGCGAACAAGAAGGGCCCUGAGUACAAUUAACCACAACUUUGUUGGAGCUGCGCCAUACCCCUGUGCUGUUAGCAAGCGUGGCGGAUUGCCUGAACCGAGUGCUUGCAGUAAGAACCUGCAGAUUCCGGUGGUUCAUCGACCGAUGACCAGGAAGCUUGCUGCACAAAUUGCUAGCAAGCAGCAACAGGUUGAGGAAAAUAUGCCGCCAGGCCUGCCACCAAAAGCCAAUGAGCAAAAGGACUUUCCAGUAAUUGAUGUUGAUGAAUAUAAGCCUAAAGAGAACUUCCCUGAGCCAAUGAUGCUUGUGCACCAUGCAGAUGCUACUUUCGAGGAAGUCCUAAUUGAUGAAGUGGAAAUGGAAGAAGCGGAUGAGGAACUGAUUGUGGACAUAGACAGUGGUGAUAAGAAGAAUCCACUUUCUGUUGUUGAAUACAUUGAUGACCUGUAUGCGCACUACAAACAUGUAGAGAGUUCUAGCUGUGUCCCACCAAACUAUAUGUCUACUCAAUCUGAUAUCAAUGACAAAAUGAGAGGGAUACUUGUUGACUGGCUGAUUGAGGUGCACUACAAAUUUGAAUUGAUGCAGGAGACUCUCUAUUUGACAAUCAAUCUGAUAGAUAGGUUCUUAGCUGUUGAACCGGUGAUACGGAAAAAAUUGCAGCUUGUUGGUGUCACAGCCCUUCUUCUUGCAUGCAAAUAUGAAGAAGUUUCUGUCCCCGUCAUUGAAGAUCUCAUUGUGAUAUCUGACAGGGCGUACACUAGAAGCGAGGUCCUUGAAAUGGAGACGUUAAUGGUGAACAGGCUUCAGUUUAACCUCUCCGUUCCAACUGCUUAUGUUUUUAUGAAGCGGUUCUUAAAAGCUGCUCAAUCUGACGAUAAGCUGGAGCUUCUAGCAUUCUACAUAAUCGAGCUUUGCCUUGUGGAAUAUGAGAUGCUUAAGUUCCCACCGUCCAUGUUAGCUGCUGCUGCUGUUUUUACAGCUCAAUGUACUCUUGGGAAAGCAUAUCAGUGGAGUAAGACAAGUGAGAGGCACACUAACUACAAUCAACAUGAACUGAUGGAAUGUUCAAAGAUGAUGGUUGAAUAUCAUAACAAGGCGGCCACUGGGAGAUUAACAGGUGUUUACCGGAAGUACAGCACAUCUAAAUAUGGAUAUGCUGCAAGAUCAGAACCUGCCUACUUUCUGCUGGAUUCUGGAUACUAAAAGGAUUAUGAUGGGUUGCAGGGUUUUGUUGUAGAGCCAGCGGCCAUAGCUGCCUUUUAAGAGACUUUGAAAUUAGUUAUGCAGAAGCCUCUCUGUUUUCAUAAAACUGUAAUAAUUUGAGAUAUUCUCAAAUUUGUCUUGAUGAAACUUUGUUGCUUGGUUGUUGAGAGGUUCUGUUUUCAUGAUACUUUAAUAAUUUGAGAUAUUCUCAGAUUUAAACUGAUUCAGUUUUA